GCAAAGUUGGCUGUCUCACAGGCAAGGGGGUCCGUUCCGAAAAUUCUGGCAAACUGAAUAAUCAGACCUGGAGAUGGGGAAGGGAGCUAGGGAGACAGUGAUGUACCCAGCCGUUCCCACGGCAACCCGCCCCGCCACUGCCGUGAUGCUCAGAACGCUGCGGUCUGGGUUUGUAUAAAGGGCUGGAAAAUCAGCUCGUGCGGGCUGUGAACAUUUCUCCCAAGCAGGGGCCGAGCUGGGAUCAGGCGGGUCCGGGAAGCUACAACCCUGAAGGACUUCCUCCUGGCUCAAGACAGCCGCUGGCUGGCAGAGGAGGGGCUUGGAGCCGGCUUCUGAGACUAGAGAAAAGGGGGUUUCGCAGUCCUGGGUGCCUGGAGUAGGGGCUUGGUCAGCGUUGGUCAGGAAGGAUAGAACGGCAGAGCCAGCCAGCAGCACAGAAAGUGAGCUUCACAGCUUCAGAGACUGGACUGCAAGAGCCGUACCUUAAAAUAUACGGCACCCAAGGCGGUCCUCAACCCAGUGGGAGACGAAAGCUUCAUAUUCUUUUGGCACAAAGACAGACCAGCUGGAGAAACCAAGAGCAGGACUGAGUCUGAGAGGGGACCUCCAUCAAGCAUCCAGACUGCUCCCUGGCAAAGCCGGGCCAGACCGGCCCCAGGCGCCGGUGGGCAGCCAGGUCCGGGAUAUCGGGGAGCAGCGCUGUCCUGAUGCCAUCCGGACCGGAGGGCUUUUAGCAGGCGGCAUCGGUUGGCCGGCCCCCCAGUCUCGGGGCUCUCCCGGCUAGUGAGCCUUCACUCCCAGCCCCAUACAGGAGCAUGAGUUCAGUUCUGACAAAAUAUGGAUCUCCACCACGCAGUUGGCUCAAUCUUCGCUUGGGAACCAAUGACCGCGGUCUAACGGAGGAGAAAGGACUUCGGUGCCAGAAUCCAGAUUGUAUUGACAAGAAGAGGGCAUCCAAGGUAUGUCACCACGCCGACUGCCAGCAGCUCCACCGCCGGGGGCCCCUCAACCUGUGUGAGGUGUGUGACGGCAAGUUUCAUAGCACCAUGCACUUUGACGGGCACAUCCGCUUCGACCUGCCCCCCCAAGGCUCCGUCCUGGCCCGGAACGUCUCCACGAGGUCAUGUCCGCCCCGAACCAGUCCGGCCUCAGACCUGGAAGAGGAUGAUGAAGGGUUAAUGGACAGCAAAGGGGAGAGGAAGGGCUCAGGUCUGAAGCUGGCAAAGAAGAAAGCUCGGCGGAGACACACUGACGACCCCAGCAAGGAGUGCUUCACCCUGAAAUUCGACCUGAAUGUGGACAUUGAGACCGAGAUCGUCCCCGCCAUGAAGAAGAAGUCCUUGGGGGAAGUGUUGCUGCCCGUGUUUGAGAGGAAGGGCAUUGAGCUCGGCAAAGUCGAUAUCUACCUAGACCAGUCCAAUACACCCCUCUCCCUGCAUUUCGAGGCCUACAGGUUUGGGGGUCACUACCUGAGGGUCAAAGCCAAACCUGGAGAUGAGGUGAAGGUAGAGCUGGCGGUGAAGGAUUUCAAAUCCCUGAGCUUGCCCAUUCCCGGGCCUCCUGCCUCAGACCGCAGUGACCAUCAGGCUCGGCGGGAGAGUCUGGACAUCCUGGCCCCCGGCCGAAGGCGUAAGAACAUGACAGAGUUCCUGGGGGACGCCAGCAUCCCCGGCCUGGAGCCCUCCGUGCCAUCCAGCAGCUCCCUGCCCAGCAACGGCAUCGACACCUGGAAGAACCGGGCCGCCAGUCGCUUCAGUGGCCUUUUCAGCUCUGGACCCAGCGGGAGCUCCUUUGUCAGGGAAGUCGACAAGAUGGAGCAAUUGGAGAGCAAACUUCACUCCUACAGCCUCUUUGGCCUGCCCAGACUGCCCCAGCAGCUACGCUUUGACCAUGACUCCUGGGAAGAGGAGGAGGAAGAGGAGGAUGCUGACCUUAUCCUGGAAGACAGCUGGCAGGAGCUCAUAGAUGGGGCAGAGAAGCUGACCAGGCGGCAGUGUCACCAGCAGGAGGCGGUGUGGGAGCUGUUACAGACGGAGGCUUCCUAUAUCAAGAAACUUCGAGUUAUCACCGAUCUCUUCAUGUGCUGCCUUUUGAACCUGCAAGAGUCGGGUCUGCUGUGUGAGGUGGACGUUGAGCGCUUAUUCAGCAAUACCCAGGAGAUCAUUCAGCUGCACCGAGGACUGUGGAGUGGCGUGAUGGCCCCCAUGCUGGACAAAGCUCGGCGGGCCCGGACCCUGCUGCAGCCUGCAGACCUCCUCAAAGGCUUCCGAAUGUUUGGAUCCCUGUUCAAACCUUACAUCCGUUACUGCAUGGAGGAGGAGGGCUGCAUGGAGUACAUGAGGAGCCUGCUGAGAGACAAUGACCUCUUCAGAAUCUAUGUGACGUGGGCAGAAAAGCACCAGCAGUGCCAGAGGCUGAAACUGAGUGACAUGCUGGUGAAACCUCAUCAGAGACUCACGAAAUAUCCCCUGCUGCUGAAAUCCGUGCUGAAGAAGACCGAUGACCCCUCGACGAAGGAGGCCAUUGUCACCAUGAUUAGCUCAGUGGAGCGGUUCAUCAAUCACGUCAACUCCCGGAUGAGGCAGCGGCAGGAGCAGCAACGGCUGGCCGCCAUCAUCAGCCGCAUUGACUCCUACGAGGUGGUGGAGAGCAGCACCGACGAGGUGGAUAAGCUUUUGAAGGAAUUUCUGCGCCUCGAUUUGACGGCUCCUAUCCCUGGGACAUCCCCAGAUGACACUCGGCAGCUCCUUUUGGAGGGAAGCUUAAAGAUGAAGGAGGGAAAAGACAGCAAGAUGGAUGUCUAUUGCUUCCUCUUCACUGACCUGUUGCUGGUGACCAAGCCCGUGAAGAAGGCAGAGAGGACCAAAGUCAUUCGCCAGCCCCUGAUGGUAGACAAGAUUGUGUGUCGGGAACUCCGAGACCCAGGUUCCUUCCUCCUCAUCUAUCUGAAUGAGUUCCGAAGCGCUGUGGGUGCCUUCACCUUCCAGGCCAGCGGGCAGGCUCUGUGCCGAGGCUGGGUAGAAGCCAUUUAUAAUGCCCAGAACCUGCUGCAGAAGAUGAGGCUACAGGAGCACCAAAGCAGCCAGCAGCAGCAUCUGCAGAGCUUGGAGGAGGAGGAGGAUGAGGAAGAGGAAGAGGAAGGAGAGAGCAGCACCUCGGGAGCCAGCUCCCCUACCAUCCUUCGCAAAAGCAGCAACAGCUUGGAUUCCCAAUGCUGCCCCUCCGAUGGCUCCACAGAGACUCUCUCGGUUGUGGUGGUGGAGCCGGGGGAAACGCCGUCAUCGUCCGACUUUGAGGGCGGCCCCUUCAGCUCGAGGUCCGACGAGACCUCCAUCGGCACGACGGCUUCCCCCACGACCCCGACCAGUGAGCUGCUGGGCCCCGAGCCCGACGGACUGCUCCACUCGGCGGCGGCCGAGUGCCGCUCUUGCUCCAUCGAUUCCGCCUACGGCACCCUCUCCCCGACCUCCCUCAAGGACUUCGUGGCCACCUCGGAGCUGGCCCCCAUUCCCACCCCCAGGCCCCCGGACCCCCCCGACCCUCCCGCUCCCACCUCGUCAGCCUCGCCCCGCCUUCGCCGUAGGAUCCCCGUCCAGCUGCUGCCGUGGCCGCGAUUACUCAAAUCCAAGUCGGAGGCCAGUUUGCCGCAGCUGCUCUCGGGGGCUUCUGGCCGGGAGCCCCUCCCAGCCCCGAGCCGGAGCCUGUCUGAGCUUUGCUUAACUACUCGGCAUCCUCCCAACGGCUUUCCCAGGACUCAGGGGGGGCCUUGCCAGCCGCCUCAGGAAGCCCGUGCCGGCUGGGACUGUAGGGAGGCCAGCCCAUGUAGUGCCUCGGAGCUCUCAGAAGCAGAGGAUGGGGGCUGUGCCCCUGGACGGGGCUAUGAGUGUGCUUUCUCGGAGGACGAAAAGCCGGUCUCUAAAACCACGUUCAGGACCCAGCCCGCGGGCCAGCACAGGAAACUGACCCUGGCCCAGCUGUACCGAAUCAGAACCACGCUGCUCCUGAACUCCACGCUGACGGCCUCAGAGGUCUGAGCCACAGGAAGACCCCAGGGUGCCACGGACGGAUGGAUGACGGUCGCACAGACAGAUGGCCUGGUUCUGACCGAUGUGCUCCCAGUCCCCUCAGGAUGAGACCAGGACACGGGAACAGAUCGAGGAACCAAACUGCACUUUGUUUAUUGCCUGGGCCAAGAAACGGUGGGGCCCCGGGGGGGCUCAGAGCCGCAGGUUCAGCCACGUUCCCCUUCUGAGCUCUUUGCUGCUCCCCACUCCCAGCUCACACACACGCCGCUGCUUCUCUAGACUCCCCCUCUGAGGGACCAACCCCAGGAACCCCCAUCCUCGGCAGACAGACACACUCCCCUUGGCUGAAUUAGGACACCUUCCCUUGCUGGCUCCCUCCCUCUCCCCCAGUUAGGCCCACAUGGGCAGUCGGGGCCAAGGGGCAGCCCACUCUCCUGUGUAUAAAGGUGCAUAUUUAUUGAGCUUUGGGUUUCUUUUAUAAAGAUAUGUGUAUAUUC